CCGCGCCCCACUGCGCGCAGAGCUCCGCCUGGACCCGCGAACUUGGCCAUUCAGCCAACGCGGUGCCGGCUGAGCGCCCUCGCGCCUCCGCCUGAGAAGCCAGGCGCUGCUGCUUCCCCAGCCCGGAGAGGAUGGCGAAGGUGGCCAAGGACCUCAACCCGGGAGUCCACAAGAUGUCCCUGGGCCAGCAGCAGUCAGCGCGAGGCGUGUCUUGUUUGCGAUGCAAGGGGGCGUGUUCAGGCUUCGAGCCACAUCCGUGGAGGAAAAUAUGCAAGUCCUGCAAAUGCAGCCAAGAGGACCACUGCCUGAGCUCCGACCUGGAAGACGACCGGAAGAUCGGCCGCUUGCUGAUGGACUCCAAGUACUCCACCCUCACGGCCCGCAUCAAAGGCGGGGACGGCAUCCGGAUUUACAAGAGGAACCGGAUGAUCAUGACCAACCCCAUUGCCACCGGAAAAGAUCCCACCUUUGACACCAUCACCUACGAGUGGGCUCCCCCCGGAGUCACCCAGAAACUGGGCCUGCAGUACAUGGAGCUCAUCCCGAAGGAGAAGCAGCCGGUGACGGGCACGGAGGGCGCCUACUACCGCCGCCGCCAGCUCAUGCACCAGCUCCCCAUCUACGACCAGGACCCCUCUCGCUGCCGCGGACUUUCGGAGAACGAGCUGAAAGUCAUGGAGGAAUUUGUCAAGCAGUAUAAGAGCGAGGCCCUCGGCGUGGGAGAGGUGGCACUCCCCGGGCAGGGCGGCUUGCCCAAGGAGGAGGGCAAGCAGCAGGAGAAGCCGGAGGGCACAGAGCCCUCCGCCCCAACCACCAACGGCAGCAUCAGUGACCCGACCAAAGAAUACGUCUGUGAGCUCUGCAAGGGCGUGGCACCUGCCGACAGCCCCGUGGUCUACUCGGACAGGGCCGGCUACGACAAGCAGUGGCAUCCCGCCUGCUUCGUGUGCGCCAAGUGCUCCGAGCCGCUGGUGGACCUCAUCUACUUUUGGAAAAACGGGGCACCCUGGUGCGGCCGCCACUACUGCGAGAGCGUGCGGCCCCGCUGCUCCGGCUGCGAUGAGAUAAUAUUCUCCGAGGACUACCAGCGCGUGGAGGACCUGGCCUGGCACCGCAAGCACUUCGUCUGCGAGGGCUGCGAGCAGCAGCUGAGCGGCCGGGCGUACAUCGUCACCAAGGGCCAGCUCCUGUGCCCCACGUGCAGCAAGUCCCGGCGCUCCUGAGGGGCUGCCCGUCCGCGGCCGGGACCCGCCGGCGCCCACGGAGAAGGAAAGCCGGGUGUGGGGAGGCCCUCCUACGGCCUGAUGUGACAGCCAGCCGGCAACAAAACCCGCGACGUUGUUUUCUGAGAGAAUAUAUACGCGCAUAUAUUCCAGGUUGGGUGGAGGUGGGUCCUUGAGGGUCGAUAGUUUUCAAAGCCAGAAAUGACCUGAGAAGUCUUAGGACGGAGUUUUCCUUUGUCUUGGUGGCUGUUGUGUCCCAGCUACCCACUAGAGACUCAGCUGGCAUCCCGCACGGGGCCUCCGGGAGGAGUUUCCCAGAAUGCAGUGCUGAGUGAUGGAACCGCGUAGCUGUAGAGUGCGCGUGCUUUUUCGUGACCCCGGGAGCAGGCUGGGAUCCCAACGAUCGAUCGAUCGUUUGUUGCCUCCUCCCCAAUGGAAUCUGAAUUUUAAAUAAAAACCGUUUCGGCAUGAUAAACACAGCAAUAAACAUUGUAUGCAGUCC